AGAGAGCUGGAUUCACAUGCUCUUGUUCUUUCUCUCUCUUUCCUUUUUUUUCUUCCUUUUCUUUCUUUUCUCAUCUUGCGGCUUCUCUCUCCAUGAUCAUCAUUACCAACCAAACUGAUUGAAACUCAUUUGUUCUCUCUCUCUCUCUCUCAAAUCCACUCCUUCCUCUCUCUCUCUCUCUCUUUUUCUCUUCUCCUCUCUUCUUCUGUGUCUCUAUCGCCAUGGCUGACGAUAAGGAGAUGCCUGAUGCUGUAGUUGACGGACAUGAUCAAGUCACUGGUCACAUAAUUUCCACCACAAUUGGAGGCAAAAAUGGUGAACCAAAACAGACAAUUAGUUACAUGGCGGAGAGAGUUGUCGGCACAGGCUCCUUUGGAAUAGUUUUCCAAGCUAAAUGUUUGGAGACUGGAGAAACCGUGGCCAUAAAGAAGGUUUUGCAAGACAGAAGAUACAAGAACCGAGAACUUCAGUUAAUGCGUGUGAUGGAUCAUCCAAAUGUGGUUUGUUUGAAGCAUUGCUUCUUUUCUACCACAAGUAAAGAUGAGCUAUUCCUUAAUUUGGUUAUGGAGUAUGUCCCUGAGAGCUUGUAUCGAGUUCUCAAACAUUAUAGCAGCGCUAACCAAAGAAUGCCGCUUGUCUAUGUUAAACUUUACAUGUACCAGAUCUUCCGGGGGCUUGCCUACAUUCACAACGUUGCUGGAGUUUGUCACAGAGAUCUAAAGCCUCAAAAUCUUCUGGUUGAUCCCCUUACUCAUCAAGUCAAGAUCUGUGACUUUGGCAGUGCCAAACAGCUGGUUAGAGGUGAAGCCAACAUUUCUUACAUCUGUUCACGAUUCUACCGUGCACCUGAACUCAUAUUUGGUGCCACGGAGUACACAACUUCAAUUGAUAUUUGGUCUGCUGGUUGUGUUCUUGCCGAGCUUCUUCUCGGUCAGCCGUUGUUUCCUGGAGAAAAUGCUGUGGAUCAGCUAGUUGAAAUUAUAAAAGUUCUUGGUACACCAACUCGAGAAGAGAUCCGUUGUAUGAAUCCACAUUACACAGAUUUUAGGUUUCCACAGAUAAAGGCACACCCUUGGCACAAGAUCUUCCACAAAAGGAUGCCUCCAGAAGCUAUUGAUUUUGCAUCGAGGCUGCUUCAAUAUUCUCCAAGUCUUAGAUGCACUGCGCUUGAAGCUUGUGCACAUCCGUUCUUUGAUGAACUCAGAGAACCAAACGCUCGUUUACCAAAUGGACGGCCUUUCCCGCCUCUAUUCAACUUCAAACAAGAGGUAGCCGGAGCAACACCUGAACUAGUCAACAAGUUGAUUCCAGACCAUAUCAAGAGACAAUUGGGUCUUAGUUUCUUGAAUCAAUCUGGAACAUAAAGGAUGAUCUGCAAAUGACAAACAACUUUAUAUAUAUAAUGUACCAUUACACGAGCCAGAAGGUAGUAGUUGAAGGCAACUCGGAGGACACAAUUCGAAGUUUUUCCUCCUCAAAUUCGUUCCGGAAAUGUUCUGUUCAGACAAGUUUGAUGGUCAAAGCCAGCUGCUACAAACCAACUUCCCCAAAUCUGCCAAAACAAAAACCCUCCAGUUGUAUCUCUGCUUCUUUCUCUCUUUUUAAAUUUGGUGAAAAAACACAAUCUCCUCCUUUGCUUCUUUCCUUCUUCGUUUCUGCAUAUGUAAAUGAGUUUAGUCAGAUAUAUUUUUAUAUAGUAAAGUUUGAGCAGAGGGUGAUACAAAGUGUUUCAUCCGUCUACCAGAAGAGAAGAAAGGCUGGAGUUGCUGCAGUUUAAGGGGUUGCUUUGGUUUAUUUUUUUUCUGCUAUUGUAUGUUUGUCUUCUCUUUUAUUACCAAGUUUUAAUGAAGAUGGUUUGUUUAUGACUCAA